AUGCUUCUUGCUGGUUUUCCUAAAUCCUCGCCCCGUAGGUAACGCCGGCGGAUCAACAGACCACCCAACGGCAAUCCUUCAACGUUCAUGGUGCCCCGCAUCCCCAUCAAACCAAGCUUCCCGCACUUCACUUCUCCCUCCUCGCCGACGAGAACUGAUCUCAUCUCCUCCCAUGAAAUAGCACAAUACAUAACAACUCCGGCGUAAAACACCCAAAGAUGCUUCCUUUUCUGGAGCAGAUUGUCGCCGACCUCCUCGACGACCCCAACGGCGGCCUCGUCGUUCUCUCCUCCGGCCUCCCCAUCCACUCCCUCGUCGCAUCCCUCCUUCUCCUCCAUCAUCCCUCUCAGGGCUCGCUCCUCAUCCUCUCCGCCUCCGACUCCCAGAAAUCUUCCAUCUCGCGCACCCUCCUCCAAGACCCUAACCCUAAUCCCAUUCGCCCGACUGACAUCCCCGGCGACGUUCCCUCCCAUCACCGUACCGCUCUCUACGCCAGCGGCGCUUCCUAUUUUGUCACGCCUCGCAUCCUUAUCGCCGACCUUCUCACCUCUCGCGUCCCACCCUCCUCCAUCGCCGGUCUCCUCAUCCUCAAUGCCCAUCGCCUCACCGAUACAUCCACGGAGGCUUUCAUCGCCCGCACUUUGCGAUUUCUCUCCCGCAAUGCUUAUGUUCGUGCACUCACCGACCACCCUCACGCCAUGGUCUCCGGGUUCGCUAAGGCUGAACGAAUCAUGAAGUGCUUGUAUGUGAGGCGGCUCCACCUCUGGCCGCGCUUCCAUGUUCUUGUCUCUGGGGAUCUGGAACAGAGUCCGCCUGAGGUGGUGGAUAUCAGGGUGCCGAUGACGCCUGCAAUGAGGGGGAUUCAGCAGGCUGUGUUGGAGACGAUGGAUGCAUGUCUCAAGGAGCUUAGAAAGACUAACAAGGUGGAUGUUGAGGAUCUUACUGUGGAGAAUGGCCUAUUCAAGUCAUUUGAUGAGGUUGUGAGGAGGCAGCUCGAUCCCAUAUGGCACACGCUUGGGAAGAAGACCAAGCAGUUGGUCAGUGAUUUAAGGACACUGAGGAAAUUGUUAGAUUAUCUUGUCAGGUAUGAUGCUGUGACAUACUUGAAGUAUCUCGAUACAUUGAGGGUUUCCGAAGGAGUUCGUUCUGUUUGGAUAUUUGCAGAAUCUAGUUACAAGAUAUUCGAGCUUGCAAAGAAGCGGGUUUAUCAGGUUUUGCGGGCAGAUGGAGUAAGAAUAGUGGCUGACAGGAAGAGUAUUGUAGGCAAGAGGAAGAGAGUGAGUGAGAAUAGUUUGAUGAACGAGAUGGAAAAAGAUGGCCUACAAUCUGAAAAUUCUUCAUCUCAUUCAAACAAGAUGGAUAGUGCAAAAUUGGAAGCGAAUGUUGGAGUUGUCUUGGAGGAAGUAUUGGAGGAAGCACCUAAGUGGAAGGUGUUGCGUGAGUUACUUGAGGAGAUAGAGGUAGGACGUAGGAAGGAAGGUUCACGAAAAGAAGGAGAAAAUUCCAUUGAAAAUAGAGGCGGUACUAGUGAUAUUGUCUUGGUUGUUUGUAAAGAUGAGCGCUCGUGCUUGCAGUUGGAAGACUGCAUUAUUAAAAACUCACAUCAGGUAAUGCGACAAGAGUGGGAGAAGUACUUAUUUAGCAAGGCGGAAUUGCAUAGCUUGCAGAAACGUAAUAAGAAAAGAUCUCAAGAUCCUGAAGGAUAUGGUGUUCUUGAUGGAACAGUUACUGGAGGAUCCUUUGAGAAUUCUGAUCCUACCACCAUUAACAAACUGGAAAAUAAUGCAUUGUUAGCUGCAGCAUCAGAGAUAUGCCAUAUAGAUAAAGAAGAAGCCACCAUAAAUGAUGAGUCCCGACCACUUCCUAGAAGACGCAGUUCUGCCAAAGGAAGAAGGAGAGGUCAAUCUCAGAUAGCACGAAAUUCUCGAAAUAAUUUUGAAAAAUCAACAGAAAAGGUUCAAAUUGUAAAAGUAAAUUCAGAAGCUGCAAAACCAGAAGCUGAAAUUAAUGUUCAGAGAAAUGAUCUCAUUGAUAAAAGCCUAGAGUCCAGUGAUGCUAAGCCGAUUCCUCCCAUACAAUUUUAUGAUUUAGAGAAUGAUGAACACAUACUUGAUGUCUGGAGACCAAGUGUAAUUAUUGUUUUUCACCCAGAUAUGAAAUUUGUGAGAGAGAUUGAAGUUUAUAAAGCGGAGAACCCCUCGGUAAAAUUGAAAGUUUAUUUUCUCUUCUAUGAGAACUCUACUGAGGUGCAGAAAUUUGAAGCAAGCAUACGGAGAGAAAAUGGAGCUUUUGAAUCCCUGAUUAGGCAGAAGUCCUUGUUGAUGAUACCUGUGGACCAGGAUGGACGAUGCAUUGGACCCACGCCUCUCGGCGAGCCGAGCUCUGUUGUUCUGCAGAACUCGUUAACUAGAAAGGCAGGUGGCAGGAAGACAAUGGAGAAAGAGAUGCAGGUCAUAGUGGAUAUGAGGGAAUUCAUGAGUAGCCUUCCAAAUGUUCUUAACCAAAAGGGCAUGAAAAUCAUACCUGUUACUCUAGAAGUUGGCGAUUAUGUCCUUUCACCCCUAAUUUGUGUCGAAAGGAAGAGCAUUGGUGAUUUGUUUCAAAGCUUUGCUUCCGGUCGGCUAUAUCAUCAGGUGGAAACGAUGGCUCGCUACUACAAAAUACCUGUUCUUCUAAUCGAAUUUUCACAAGAUAGAAGCUUUUCUUUCCAGUCCUCGAGUGAGCUCGGCGAUGAUGUUUCGCCAACAAGUAUAAUAUCAAAACUUUCAUUGCUCGUCUUACAUUUUCCACGGUUACGGCUGGUUUGGUCUCGCAGUAUGCAUGCGACAGCAGAAAUAUUUGCGUCUCUGAAAGCAAACCAGGAUGAACCAGACGAGAACAAGGCUAUCAGGGUAGGUGUUCCUACGGAGGAUGGCGUUGUAGAAGAUGAUGUUAGAGCCGAAAACUAUAAUACUACGGCAAUUGAGUUCUUAAGGCGUCUCCCAGGCGUGACUGAUUCCAAUUAUCGAACUUUGAUGGAUGGCUGUAAGAGUCUUGCCGAGCUCGCCCUUCUUCCUGUUGAGAGGCUAGCAGAGCUCAUGGGUGGUCAGAAACCGGCAAAGAUGUUGAGGGAAUUCCUCGACGCAAAAUGUCCAACUAUGCCAUGAUACAGGUAUUUAAAUUCACUCUGUUCAUCAGAGUUGCAGACUUUUCAUUGCCACCACAUCUUGGGGAAUAAUUCUUUUUGUCUCAGCAUCGUAGUUUGAUUCUUUAAAAGCUUAUGUACUGUUGACUUCAGAGAUUUAACAUUGUAAUUUCUUUAGUUAUUUGCAUUCCUUUUCCAUCACAUGUGUAUUUUAUUUACAUCAAUAAAAUGUAACUAUUAUUAUCUUCUUUUU